GCAGAGAUAAUGCUUGCGGUUUUCAUUACGUCACUGAGAUAAACCAAGAUAAACAGAAAGAAACUUAACCUGUCAUGUGGGCGCGUGUGAAUGUCACGCGAUACGGAAUAAGAACAAUGAGUACAUUGCGUCUGGCUUUGGUGCAGCUGUCAGUCGGCGAUGAUAAGGCGACAAACGUCUCGCGAGCCGUUUCCUUCAUUGAGCGUGCGAAACAGGAGCGAGCCGACAUUGUGAUCCUGCCCGAGUGCUUUAACUCGCCAUAUGGAACGUCUCACUUUGCUCCAUAUGCCGAGAAUAUUCCGGAUGGCGAGACGAGCGCGGCAUUAUCCGAGGCGGCGAGAAAAAACAAUGUCUGUGUAAUCGGUGGUACAAUACCGGAGAGAGACAACGACAAGUUGUACAACACCUGCACUGUAUGGGGACCAGAUGGAAAACUUGUGGCUAAACACAGGAAGAUGCAUUUGUUCGACAUUAACAUUAAAGGGAAAAUCACUUUUCGCGAAAGUGACUCCCUAUCUGCCGGCAAUUCCCUUACUACCUUUGAAGCAAAAGGUUGUAAAAUUGGCAUUGGCAUUUGCUACGAUAUCAGAUUCGAAGAAAUGGCACGACUGUAUAGAAAUAAAGGUUGUCAGAUGUUGAUAUAUCCGGGAGCAUUCAAUAUGACCACUGGCCCGCUGCAUUGGUCACUGCUGCAGCGUGCCAGAGCAAACGACAAUCAGUUAUAUGUAGCUUGUGUAUCGCCGGCACGUGGCUCGCCGCCUGGAUAUGUCGCUUGGGGACAUACUCAGUUAACCAAUCCUUGGGGAGAAAUACUUGCCGAGCUGGAUGCCGCCGAGGAUAUGGUGAUCUCCGAUAUAGAUUUGAAAGUUGUGGAUGAUGUUAGAGCGCAAAUUCCAACGUUCAGUCAACGUCGUACAGAUCUGUAUGACACCAUUUGGAAGAAGGAAAAUUAGGAAGACAUUACGAUGAUAAGAAACAAUCUCGCAUCGCGAGUUUCGUAAGCAAUCUUAUAUGAUGAUAAACUAUUUACAGGUAAAGGCUUAAAAUUUUACACUCAAAUACUUUAUAGAUAAAUAUUUUGUAUCUAUACGUGUAAAGACACGAUGCGAUGUGAUAUUAUGGAUGUAAUUAUCGGCGACAAUUACGUGAAUAAAUUUUCAUAUUCUUUAAUAUACAAACUUUUACUUUCGCGUCUUAUCGUUAAAUCUUAUCUAUUCACGUGUUUCUGUGCUGUUUGAGGGAAUCAAAGAAAAAAGAUUCUUUUAAACCAGAGAUUCUAUUCUCGAAUUUGUAUGGUAUUUUAAAUUAAAUUUUAUUGUAAUCUCAUAAUAUGGAUUCUGAAUGAUCACUCAUACAUAAAAGGCCCCUUGAUCAUUACAUGACAUAAUUAUGUCGAAAGUACGUAUUGCAGUAAUAUAUUAAAGCUAUCGUCUAUUUACAUUGAGAAGAUAAACAUAUACAUACAUGUAUCUUCUCCUUUUGUAAACGCAUUAGGUCAAUUUUUCAAAAUUAUAAGCUUAGAGGAAUUGGUCGAUUAAUAAUUCUCUGUUGGAUUGAUAUGGGUAUAGAGGAAGAAGAGAGUGAAAAUAUAAUGGCGAGGCGUUUGGGAAAAAUAUUAUUCUGCGUUUUCCAUCAGCUAAGGAUAUCACUCUGUCCCGUCGAGAUGGGACAAUAAAAUUAUUAAAUAAAUUCGAUUCAAGAUUCAUUUUGCGAUACUUGAUCCGGAAGUACAUAUAUGCAUUUGAGCGUAAAGUGUAAUAAUCCCUUUUACCUUCUUUUCAAUGAAAAUAUUUCGAAAGAGAUACAAGUGUAUUUUAAUUUAGAAAUUUGAGCAGGUGAAACAUAUAAACUUUUUGAAACUUUUGAAAGUAAAUCGGGAUUGUAUUUGAAAACUGAGUACGUCCGAGCCAAGUAUCGCUCACAUAACUAUGAAUGCGCAUACGGGAAUAUCGUAAUUUAAGCUAAUAACAAUUUAAUCUCAGACAUUCUUUCUAUCGCACUCGCUCUAGUGACCUCAGUAGCGCCGCUCGUCCAAACUCGGCCUCGAUUUUUGCGCAAAAUUCAGACGAUGAUGCUUAUUUCAAAAUUCAAAUUCAGGUUGAGAUUAGUGCGCCUUCGGUAUUGAGAGCGACUCAAUUGAAAAUGUUUAGUGUCUCAAAUUGACGCGAUUGAAAGAUUGCCUUCAAUGCUUCAAUAUGACAUAAACACGUGGUAAUAAGUGAGCAUCUCCUAACAGCGCGGAGGCAUAUUAUAAAUGGUUGCGAAGCGGCGGCGCGGUCGCGAAAAUGUGAAUUUCCGUGUGGUGACUCGAAAGAUAUCUGCGAAGUAGGAAAUAUAUAAAUUAGACUCUAAUGUACGCGCGCGAGCCAAAACUCGCGCGGAUGAUUAUUCGCAAAUACCCUGUGGUAGCGCGGACCUCAACUCAUAUAACAAUUUAGUCGCGCAGCUACUCUCACGGUUUUUUUUUCGCUUCCUCGCUUUCCGCGCACUCCAAGACGUUAGAACAUUUUUUAUUAACAUUAAUGAUAAUUAAAUAUCAUAACGUUUCAUAGACUCUUAAGGAUAAAUAUAUUAUUAAAAAGAAUAACAAUUUUUUUUCGUAAUAAUUCCUCUUUCACGUGGUAAAUGGAAUUUCCGCGUGAUGUUAUACAAAUAUAACGUUAAUCAAUAUAUCAUUAUUAAUUAUUACCAUCGCGUCAUUUUUACGCGAUCACAAUUGUUCCUUUUCCUUUUGUCUCCAAUGAAGGGGGGGAGGCUGCUUUCGUCAGAGACAGCCACAGCGCUAGUCGAAGCCUCCGAAAUUCGCAAAGCGAUUUAGCAAUCCAAGGACGAGGACAGUAAUCAAACGCCGUAAAAAAUAUAUAUCACAGGCAAGCGUACGUGCGCAAAUACCGGAAUACGUGGUGUCGCAAUACGGGAGAAUACUCGCAAAUAUUCGUAAUAUACAGCGUCACCUCCCCUUGGCGAGGAAUGACUUAUACAAUAGCACCUUAUCUUUAUUUUCACCUCUCACCAGAGUUGGGAACGUUACUUUACAAAAGUAACGCGUUACUUUAUCGUUAUUUAGAAACUAAUGAUUCGUUGCUUUUUUGUAAUACUAAAAAGUAAGAUAUUAGAGUUUAAAAAUAUAUUUAAUAAUCAAUAUUAAAACUUACAACUCUAAACUGAUCUCUGUUGAGUUUGUCAAAGAAAGCAAGCUAUUCUUUGUAUUAAAGUUAUCUAAUAAUUCUUCUAAUUUUUUUUAUAUUAAUAUAAAUUAUCUUUAUAUUUUUUAGUACAUUUAUUUUUAUAUAAAUUUUGAUUGUAACUCACCGCAAUUUUAUCAAAAAUUUUUAAACACAUUAAUAUCUUUAUAAAGGCCAUCACACGUCAAAAAGUUUUAGUUGUAAUCAUAAAACCAUAAGCAUAUCAACCAAUAACAGUCAAGCAUUUUAAAACGCAAGACCAAACUGAUUAUAAUUGGUCGAUUUGCUUACGGCUUUAUGAUUACGAUGAAAAAUUUUUUUUACGUGUGAUUGCCUUUAAGAAUAUAUUCCAAUAUUUAUUGUCAGUACUGAAAAUCUAUAAUUCACGUUACAAAUGCGCAAUAACUUGCAAUAAUUAUCGGAAUGCAGUCUAAGAUAUAAAGUACAAAAUACUUUUAACAUUCAAAAUAUAUCAUAAAAUAUAUAUAAAUGAAUAAAACGUAUAACUGCAUUUCUUGCGCACUAUCUUUGAUCUGGCAUGCUGAUUAAUGUAUGCAUUUGCGCGCAUAAAUUCAAGAUAAUAGGAAACUAAAGUAACGCUAAAUGUAACGACUGAAUUCAUUAUCGUUGUCUAUGAAAAUGUAACGAUGUUAUUGUUACCGUAAAAAGUAAUGACAAUGAUAACGGCGUUACAAGUAACGCGUUACUUCCCAACCCCUGUGAUCAUCUCACCAAGUGAAAAGAUCAAGAAAGCACGUUUGUAUACUAUACCGUUAUACUAUUACAAUUCAUGUGGCCCCAUGUUGCUCGGCUUUAUCGCUGGUGUUGGGCAUUAGAAUACCGUUUUGCAUCGCGUUACAAGCAGUCAAUUCUUUAUUUAUUUUUUUUUUUAGAUCGUUUCCGGUAAGCGCACAGUGUAUCAUUUGUUCAUUCUACCUGCACAAGAGUAUGUCUACUUAGUAUACAAAUAUUCUAUGUUAAGCUUUUGUAAAUGCAAAAAUAGGAAUUAAUAUGACAAAUAAAAU